AUGUCGGGUCAGGGAGACCAGUUGGACAAAAUGUCCACCUUGCUGGCAGAAGUGGCUGCUCAGCUAGAACAAGUGAAGCUGCAAGGAGCACGGCGUGAAGAGCAGCAUCAAGACCUUACUGCACGCAUGAGUCAGAUGGAAGCACGCAUGGAUGCCCCACAGUCUUCGGCUGCUGUGCUAAUUCCGACUCAGCUGCAGCCACAGUCCUUCACAGUUCCGCUAGCCCAGGGGGUAGACCUCAACGCCCCGGCAACAGUCGGACAGUGUAUGGAGUUAGUGCAGAUGGCGAUGCAGCAGAAGGUCGCCCCAGCUCUCGGAGCAGUAUACUCGUCCUUGUCCACCUCACAGGUGAGGACAAACGAGCGAGUGGGUAACCUGGAGCAGCAGGUCCGGGCCCUUCGCAUCCGCACCGCAUGGGCUGAGAAGGCAGACCGCCGCCUCACAGUGGAAAAAGCCCUUGCGAAAGCUGGGCUGUGGAAUAUCGACGGCAUGUGGGACCUGGCCACAACUCGGCUGGACACGGGCACGCCCGGUAAGCCGGAGCUCUCUGCCACCUCCAUCCUCACAGUCCCUUCCCUCACGGUCCGGAAAAGGAUCUUGGAGGUAUCGGACAGGGUGUACCCUUGGUACUUCCACCAGGAAAAGCCCGGGACAGGGGAAGAAUCCAAGGAGCCCGAAGAUGCAAAGGACGGCUCCGAAGAAACGGCCGAGAAGACCCCGGCGGAAUCCUCACAGGCAGCCGGCUCGAAAGAGCCAGCCCAGACCUAUGAGUACAAGGGCGGCGGUCCGGUAAAGCUCUCCCCUGGAGUCACACAGUUUGAACGCAGGCUUGCUUCGCCGCUCCAGGGACUCAUGAACGCUUACCGGGCGGCCUUCAGCAAGUUCACCAAAGAGCCACUGGUUCCGAGGUGGAAGACGCUGGCCUUGGUUGACUCCAAGGAGGCUUGGCUGGGCCGCAUCGUGUACCGCCGCGGGGGUCCUUCACAGACGACCUCCACCGGUACCCUCACAGACUGGGAGUGCGAGAUCCACAUCCCAGAGGAGCAUGCCACAAAGCUCCUGGAGACCUGGCGAAGCAUCUGGUAUGACCAAUUGCGACAGCAGGUCAACCAGACUACGGUCGAGCAGGAAGCCUUCGACAGCGCAGCUCGCCUCACAGCACACAAUUAUGCUGAGGCCAAGCGACUUAGCAGGUUCCUGACCAAGGCCAUUCCGGAGUACAACGAGGGCGAGGAUGAAGGUCUAGACCACUGGAUCGCCCGGUUCCGGUAUGAGUUCCCGUGGCCGGUGAAGUUUGUCCAAGUCCCCGCCGACGCCGACGAGAGGAGCAGGAGGCAGCCUUCAGAGAGCGGAGGUGUGGCGGCAAUGAUCGACGUGGCCUCGCAAAUGAAGCGCACUCACAGCGAUGCAGCCUCAGCGGCCAGUGGCAUCAGCACGGCCAGCAUCCCGAGUACCGCGAUGCUUCCUCCACAGCAGACCAAGGCCAGGCCGAGCUACUACCCGUUCAGCUCACAGGCAGAGCUGGAGAAAGCGGUUGAAGAGGCAAAGAUCGCCCACAUCAACCACGGUGGGGUCCCAACCGACUACCCACAGGAGGCUUGGGAGUCCUGGUGCAUCAAUGCGCCGCUCGACUGGCUCACAGUGACGGUUCGGCAAGCGCGCCCUCUCUUCCUUGCAAUCUUCCGCAACAGCCGUGCGACUGCAUUUUUCACAGGCGAGCUGGGUGCGCCGAGCCACUAUUGUCACAAACAGCACGGCAGCGGCGAGCACGCCGCCGCAUCACCACCAGAUCUCGGGCAGCAGGCGGGAAUACAGAGCUUCGAGGCAUGCUCUAUCCACCUCUCCAACCCCUAG